AUGUACUCAUUUUCUCCACAGCAUACAAAUAAUCUUUUCCCCCUGCUUAAUAUUUAUCGAUAUGUAGGGACUCCUGGUGGAACUCUAGAUGAGAACAAAUCAAGGAACCAAGGGAUCUUAACUAUUUCAGGUGUAGAGCUGAAUAUGCUUCCUUUUACACAGUUAACUUUUUUCACUGAUAAGAAGCAGGUUCAGAGGUCGACAACUGCUCUUGGAUAUGUUGCCCAUGUUAUCUCACUCAUAGCUACAUAUUUACAUGUCCCUUUGCAUUAUCCUUUGUGCAUUGGUGGUUCUCAUUCGUAUAUUAAAGACUAUGCACCUUCAAUUGAUCCCACAUCUUCCGGAUCUUCCUCAACUGCCUUGGCCUCUGCAAAUACAAAGUGUUUGGAAUUUCCCCUUUUUUUAGAUGGGCAAGAUGCCACCAGAGCAGCGUAUGCUAUAUUUUUAUUGAACAAGGUUUGUUAAUUACUUAUAUAUAUCAUGUCAUAUCUACUGCCUGAAAAUACUACUAGUGAACCUUUUAAUAAAUACUUGCUGCCACUUUCUGGACAAUGGUUGCAGUAGAUUUUUGAGUUUAAGUUCUAUAAGUUUAUGUAUCUGUUAGUUUUCUCGUUAGUUAAAUGAAAUGCAAGAAAGGUACUCAGAGAUAAGUCUAGAUUAUUUAAUUUUUUUUGGACGA